CGGCUCUCAGUCAGUAGCCACGUACAACUGUCCUGACGGGUACAAGGUCAAGGGCGCCUCCAUCCUGACUUGUGGACCGGAUGGUACAUGGGACGCGGAGCCUUCCGAUUGUGUAUGCGAAACCCCUUCACCACACUUUGGCGGGACAUUCAACGUGUCAGUUGACGGUAUGACGGUGGCGUUUUCUUGUAACGCUGGCUACACAUUAGUCGGCGCACAGACAGUGACGUGUGAUCAAAAUGGCGGCGGCUGGGCAUCAACGCUGCCAAAUUGCAUGGCAUGUCCUGAACUUACAAACGAAAACGGUGACGUCACAGCCAUUUCAGACGGCCUUAACGACGACGGUGACGUUUACAUGCAGUGACGGUUACGUGCUGAGGAACAGUGGACUGACGUCAACAAACGUCACAUGUGGAACGUCUGGUGCAUGGUCGGACAUACCCGUGUGUGAGUCAGACAGUGGAUCCGAAGGCGAAGGUGGUGGAAGUUCCCUCCUGGCUGCCCUGAUCGCCGUCAGCGUCAUCUCAAUCAUCAUUAUUGCUGUCCUGUCGGUGCUACUGGCAUACUUCUACUGCAAGAACACUAUUAAACAGAGUAACGAGCAGUACUCGCUUAAAACAUUUCCAAACCCCGUCGACGAAAUGACGACUUCCAUGGCAUCUUUCAAUCAACAGCAGGUGACGGAAGAAGGCGUGGUCUGUCCACGCCCUCUCCAACAGUCGAACAAUCAGGAGUGCCUAGACUCGAACUAUGUGGGCGCGGCACCCUGAGGCCAACCAGGCCCGUUCGAUGCAACACGCCCAUUAUCCACGUUCUACGAGU